AACUAAUCCACUUCAAGACCCAUAAACAAGUUCUCUACGAGUCAAGUAGUACGAGCUCUACUGUGACUUGCGCAUUUCCAACCACUCACAUCUCUGCAUCGAAGCAUGCACGGUAUGAUCGCCCCUUCCCUCCCAUUUCCUAGGAUAUCGUCACACUAUCGCGUGACCAACUCUCUUCUCUUGGAGAUCUUCAUGGACCCUCACGACCCGCUCUCAUCCUCGUCCUUCUAGAGUAUCAAUGGAACAAUCGACACCCUGUCACUAUCAGGGGUCCUCAGUUCCGCUGUCCAUACAGCCCAAUCCACGCGCAUCAUUCUUGCAGCACGGAACUCGGGUCCAUCAGAUCCGCCUGGUUCAGCUCGCGGACCAUACCAAUCCUUGGGGUGCUUCCACAAGAUGGCAGUGUUCGACGAGGCAGCCUUGCCGCACCGUCUAUGGAUCCCCUUGCAAAGGUAGGCGUAGUAGGUUCAUCAUUGGAAUGCAUCGUUUGCUGUUUGCAUAUCCAUAUUCAUGGCAUAUAAAGUACUUCACUUAUCACAGACCUCGAUUGGAACUUCCUUCUCUCGUCACACAACCCAACGGCGGCUGCACUUGUACUACCAGCCAACACGAGCACAACUACAUUCAACAGUCUUUAAUCCUUCCCUGCUUUGACCCGGCCGACUAAUUCAUUCGCAUUCCUGAGCAUUUUCCCUCAAUCACCACACCCAACCACUCGUCAAAAUGUGGUAUCACAUCUCCGAGGCCAACGAGUACCUCGUUGUCACCGGUGCCGGUGUUGAAGAUGUCCGCAUCGUCAAGAAGGCCUUUGUGUAUCCUUGGCAAAAGGUUGCCAGGAUAUCCGUCUCGCCCUUUGACUUUUCGCUCAAUCUUCAGGCCAUGACCAUCGAGAAGUUGCAAUUUGCUCUACCUGCAGUCUUCACCAUUGGCCCAGACAACAAACCAGAAGCUCUUAAGAAAUAUGCUCUUCUCCUGAGUGGCAACCCAGACGGAACUUCCACUACCCGAGGCAAAAGCACCGGAGCCGUCAUCGUUCCCACUCAACGCGGCCAUGUCCAAGACAUUGUCAAGGGCAUCAUCGAGGGUGAAACCCGAGUCAUUGUCUCCUCUAUGACUAUGGAGGAAAUCUUCAAAGAACGCCAAGUCUUCAAGCAAAAGGUCAUUGAAAACGUUCAGAAAGAAUUGGACCAAUUUGGUCUCUGCAUCUACAAUGCCAACGUCAAGGAACUCCAAGAUACACCCGGCUCAGAAUACUUUGCCUUCCUUUCUCGAAAGGCACAUGAAGGCGCCUCCAACCAGGCCCGUAUCGAUGUGGCUGAAGCACGCAUGCGCGGUGAGAUUGGAGAGGCCGGUAAGAGAGGCCACACCAAACAGGAGAUCUCCAAGAUCGAAGCAGAGACGGCUGUGCUUGAGACCAAGCGGAAAGCCGACAAGGCACAAGCUGAUGCCGAGCUCACAAAGAAACAAACGGAGCUCGACAUGGGCAUUCAAAUGGCCCAGAUCCAAGCCCGCCGCGCAGCUGAAGCACGUGAUGCCGAAUUGCAGAAGAAUGUCGAACUCAAGAAGGCCGCCACGGAACUUGAACGGUUGAGAGCUAAAGAUCUUGUACGAGCGCAGAUCUCCAAGGAGACCGCCCAACAAGAAGCCGAUGCCCUGUUCUAUCGCGACUCCAAGACCGCCGACGCUAAAGCCUACGCAGAGAAGCAAGAUGCCGACGCCAACCUGUUCCGUCAACAACUCGAAAUCCAAGCGAACGUCGAACGACAAACCAAAGAAGCCGAUGCCUUGUUCCAUGCCAAGAUGCGCGAGGCCGAAGCCACCAAGGCACAGGCCGAAGCAUACAAAGCCCUAGCUGACGCCUUUGGCGGACCUCAAGGCCUACUGACCUACAUGAUGCUGAAAGAAAACACACACGAAAAACUUGCUCUUGCCAACGCCAAGGCCAUCCAAGGCCUACAACCCAAGAUCACCGUUUGGAACACGGGCUCCGAUGGUACAGGCGCCGGGGCUGAAGCUGCGGGCAUCGCCCCAAUCAAGAAUCUCAUGCAAAGUCUGCCCCCAUUGUUCAGCACCAUCCAUGAUCAGACUGGUAUUGCUCCGCCUAAUUGGAUGGUGCAGAUGCCCAAGCAAGACCAAUCUGGUCUCAGUGACUUGGAGAAGAAGAAGCAGCAGCUGAUCAACGGCGACAAGACUCAUUGAUCUACCCUGAUCUGAACAGAUCAAUUAUACCCCGACCCACGACCACAUCCACUCGACCACAUCCAUUAGCAUACCAUUUCUUUUGUCAGUUUAUCCAGCAUACUACGCACAGUCCAAUCAUCAUAUCAUUGGAAAGGGAAGGAAGAUGACUCCAAGUGAGCUGGAGUCAGAAGGGCCAUGCUUGAAGAGAUUGUGAGGCCUACCUGUACAUUUAGUUGCGAAAUGUUUCCGCAUGUUUUAUCGCUGAAUACCCAUUAUAUCUGUAUCAUUGAUUAUUACUUUUGUAUCAACUACAAUCUAUUCCACAUCUUUCAUACUUCAUCUCAUGUAGC